AGCAUGAAACAGUAGUAUGUCGUUAACCACCGCGACGACCGCCUCGGCAACGAGGUCCACCUACCAUCCGACAUCUUGUCCCUGACUUUCGUCUUUCUCCAUCCACUUGCGUCCUCUGGAAUCCUCCCUUGCGCCCAUUAACGGACGUUCUCGCGUGAUCACCUGCCCCUAUCUGAUCCAACCCCCUAAGAACUCGUACAUCCAAUCCGGUAAUUAACUCGAAUCCUCUUCCGUCCGUUUCUUCGACGUACGUACUCAGCGCGACGGUGGCUUCGAUUAGGAAAAUUGUUAUUUGUGUUGUACAGUGAAACGAGAGGAAGAAGAAGGAAAGCAACAAUCAUGUGCUCGGCGCUGUUGCUAUUGAGAUCCACUAAGCUCGGACGCUUUUCAGCGAGAUUGGCUUCGUCCACCUCGGGACUAAGGAUUCCCGAGCAAGCAGGAAAUCGAGUGGACUUGAGAAGGGAGCUCCAAUCGGCGGAUAACUCUUUGAGAGGCACGACCUUCAGCGAUCGCAGCCAGCUGAAGUACGCGCGUCGUUUGGUGGUGAAGUUGGGCAGCGCUGUUAUCACCAGAGAGGAUGAGCAUGGACUGGCGUUGGGUCGUUUGGCGUCCAUCGUCGAGCAGGUAGCAGAAUGCCAGAACGAAGGUCGCGAAUGCAUUAUGGUGACCAGCGGGGCGGUUGCGUUCGGCAAACAGAAGCUCACGCAAGAGCUGCUGAUGUCUCUGUCGAUGAGGGAGACCCUGAGCCCUGCUGAUCACACCAGAGAACACGCAGGCACUCUUUUGGAACCUAGAGCAGCAGCCGCGGUGGGUCAGUCGGGCCUGAUGUCACUGUACGACGCUAUGUUCGCCCAGUACGGUGUCAAGUUGGCGCAAGUCCUGGUGACCAAGCCCGAUUUCUACAACGAGGAGACUAAGAAGAACCUGUUUAGCACUCUGAGCGAGCUGAUCAGCUUGAACAUCGUGCCCAUCAUCAACACAAACGACGCUGUCUCACCGCCGCCCCACGUGGACGAGGAGGUAGCCGGUGGCGGUGGAAGACGAGGCAUUUCCUUGAAGGACAACGACUCGUUGGCGGCCAUGUUGGCGGCAGAGGUCCAGGCCGAUCUGCUGAUCCUGAUGAGCGACGUGGACGGGAUCUACAACCUGCCACCUUGGCUAGAUGGGGCGAAGAUGCUGCACACCUUCAGCUCCGAUCUGAGGGGCACCAUACAAUUCGGGAAGAAGUCGAAAGUGGGCACCGGUGGCAUGGACGCCAAGGUGAACGCAGCUCUCUGGGCCCUAGAUCGAGGUGUCUCGGUCGUGAUCUGCAACGGAACCCAAGAAAAAGCUAUAAAGAGCAUCCUGUCCGGGAGGAAGAUCGGCACACUGUUCACCGAAACGACUGGCUUUACCACGCCCAUCGAGGUCGUUGCAGAAAACGCUCGAAUCGGCAGCAGAGCUCUUCAGGCUCUCCGGCCGGAGGAGCGUGCAAGUUGCAUAAACGCCUUGGCUGAUCUUCUGGAGACCCGCCAGACGGGGAUCUUGGAGGCGAACGCGAAAGAUAUGGAGGACGCGCAGAAGAACGGCCUGGCGAAACCGCUGUUGUCCCGUCUGUCGCUGACGCCCGCGAAACUGAAAUCCCUGAGCUCCGGGUUGAGGCAGAUCGCUGACGACUCUCUGACGAACGUGGGCCGCGUGAUCAGGAGGACCAAGCUGGCGGACGGUUUGGAGUUGAAGCAGAUCACCGUCCCGAUCGGAGUGUUGCUGGUGAUCUUCGAAUCGAGGCCCGACAGUCUGCCCCAGGUGGCAGCCCUAGCGAUGUCCAGCGCCAACGGGCUUCUGUUAAAGGGUGGCAAGGAAGCCGUCAAUAGCAAUAAGUAUUUAAUGGAGCUCGUGAAGGAGGCGCUGAACACCGUGGGAGCCUCCAACGCGAUAUCCCUGGUCUCGACGAGGGAAGACGUCGGUGACCUGUUGUCGAUGGAGAAGCACAUAGAUCUCAUCAUUCCGCGAGGCAGUUCCGACCUAGUUCGUUCUAUACAGGAGCAAUCGAAGCACAUCCCGGUGCUGGGCCACGCGGAGGGUAUCUGCCACGUCUACGUGGACAAGGAGGCGGACAUAGCGAAGGCUCUGAAGAUCAUCAGGGACUCGAAAUGCGAUUAUCCUGCCGCUUGCAACGCUAUGGAGACUCUUCUGAUCCACGAGUGUCAUAUGAAGAACAACUUCUUCACCGACGUGUGCAAUAUGCUGCAAAAGGAAGGAGUGAAGAUCAAUUCCGGGCCAAAGCUGAGGCAGCUGUUGACGUUUGGUCCACCGGCGGCGAAGAGCAUGAGGACGGAGUACGGCGCCCUGGAGUGCACCAUCGAGGUUGUAACGGACCUGGACGAUGCGAUAAAUCAUAUUCAUAAGUACGGUAGCGGGCACACAGACGUGAUCGUUACGGAGAACGACAGAAGAGCCAGUCAUUUUCAGAGAGAGGUGGACAGUGCGUGCGUGUUUCACAAUGCCAGUACGCGGUUCGCUGAUGGAUACAGAUUCGGUCUUGGAGCGGAGGUCGGAAUUUCCACGGCGAGGAUACACGCGCGGGGACCAGUGGGAGUGGAUGGUCUGCUGACCACCAAAUGGGUAUUGCAAGGCGACGGGCACGCAGCUGCAGAUUUCGCCGAGGGUGGCAGCAGAGUUUGGCUCCAUCAAUCCUUGCCGCUGAACGAGUCCGCAUGAAUCGAUCUCGUCCAGUCGGGUAACACAGAGGAUGUCGGUAUCUUUGCCGCCGCGACAACGAGGAUUCUGUACCGGGGAGCACCGACGGAGAGACAUCGCCUAGAUCCUCUCUCCAGCCUUCGAUCGUUCGUCGUUAGAUGCUCGCGGAUCGUUAAGAAUCUUAUAAAAUAGAUAUACGCUAUUGUUAACACUUUGACGGCCGAUGUCACGUAUACGUGAUCUACUGUAUCAGUCACAAUUUCAUCAUACAUUCAACUUAUUAAGUUUGUUGAUGUUACAUUUAUGAUUCCUAGCAUCUUCGUGGUCUUCCCGUGAUACGUGCGGCCAUUAAAGUGUUGACAAAAUGGUACUUCGUCGUCAGGCUCGAUUAACUUAUUUUUAUAGAAAAAUCCAACGAGGAUAUUACACUUUCAACUCUCUUGUACUAAUGUCUACUUCCUGUUAUGAACGAACCAAAAAAUAAUUCUAUCUUGAGGUAAAUGAAAAUCACUAAAUUUUCAUUAAUUUUCUUGCUCUAGGUUUUUCUUCCUCCUUAAAGAGAAAUUAAGGAAUUUAGUUAAUUAUUGAUUGUAUUUUGAAUAUGAAACAUGGAGAGACACCUACCCGAUUGUCGGGAGAACUUUUUGUUUGUUAAUAAAGUAGAACCACAGGAGGACCUCUUCUGUUCAAACUUAGUCGUCCAAUCUUCUGAACAACUUGUCCAUUGCAAAAAUUUUAAAUGCUUUGUUAACGACAAUGCAAAGAACCGUUUAAUGCAAGUAAACGCUUCGUUUGUAUUUUGGAAUUAAUUCUGAUUAUUAACGCGUAAUAAUAGUUUUCGCGAUCAAGUAAAUGCAAUUAGAUUUCUCAGAAAUGAAACUACAGUCGGAUGGUGUUAGUACAAAGUCCAAUUUUAACCAUUGAAGGCACGACAUAGUGUUCUAAACAUUCAGAAAUUAAAACUAAUAAAUCAAACUUAUAACAAUCGUUGAUGUAUUAAAACUUAUAAAGGGACAGG